AUGUCAAAGUCAUUCCAUCAAAGAUCAGUUUUGUCACCUAAACAUUCCAAUGUAUCUAGCCCGUCUCCAAAAAAGAAUAAAUUAGAAAACCCCUUCCACACAUGUGCCAAACUCAGCAAUGACAAGUACCUUAAAUCUUCACCAUCUCCAAAGAAGGCCGUCCUCGGCUUCACUAUAUAUGAGGACCAUAAAAAGCUGACUGAAACUCAAGAAAGUGUCGAAGGUGAUGAAGGGAAUUUAAAUCAUAAUGACCAGGAAAACAUUUUGAAGCCUCUGAAGAUCCCAACCAAAAGGACUCAUAGAAAACCCUUAGGGAAUUUAAGCAUCCAUGAUUAUCCAGGUUACAUUAGUUAUAAUGACUUCAAAUUCAAAAGUCAGCUAAGCGAAGUCUUCCAGCCUAAAAAUUAUGAUAACGAGUUCAAGUCAUUGCAUAAACAGCUGGAUUUGUUAAGCUACGUGACACCGCCUAGAAAUUCCCGGCAGAAGUAUUUGGCUCAUUCGUAUUCAGAUGACGUUGAAGACUCUCUUGUUGGAAAAUCAAAAAUAAUAAGGCGCAAGCGGUCAAUGUCAGUUGGACGGAACGAGUCGAAGUUAAACUUAAUCACGAAAAACAAAUUUAACAUCUUAGCCAAUUGA